UCCCAUUCCUCGAGCCACCGGUGGCACCCACUGGUUUUAUUUGAGUUAAUUUAUAAACACAUCAAAUCAGGACCACCCAACCCACUCCCUACUUCAACGCCUGCUCCAAUUCCCGAUUUAUUUGUGGAUGGAUUUGAUUUCCUCUGAGGAAAUCCCGCUCUGAGGGCCCUGAACUCGGAGCCACCGAUCCAUGUCCCGACCCGUGGGCCACGAACCAACCAGCAGGAACUUCCACUGGCUGUAACCCUCCGUGACUGGGCUGUUGUGCAACACCUUCAGCAAACACUUCCUCAUGUAGGAACAAGAAUAAAGCCCAGGCAAGUCUCUCCCUCUCAUUCUCAGCCCAGCCUGGGAACGUGACAUUCCCGGGGCACGGACACCUCGACAUUCCCAAGCACGGACACCCCACCGGAGCAGCCCAGCUGGGAGCAUGAAAAUACUCCUCCUUCCUGCCCUUUUCCUGCUUUUUCUCCACCAAGGGAGCACCAGCAGGGAGUUACCUGGAGUGGAGAGCUAUGAAAUAGUUUAUCCACGGAAGUUGCGCUCGGUGCAGAAAAGGAGCACGGGAAGGAGCACCCAGACCAAAUAUGUUGACAAGGUGGAGUAUGGAAUCAAAGCCAACAGCCAGGAAGUCGUCCUGCAGCUACAAAAAAAUAAGGAUCUUUUAGGUGGAGAUUACACCGAAACUGUUUAUUCGGAUGACGGUCGACAAAUAACAAGAACUCCUCGGAUCAAGGAUCACUGUUUUUAUGAAGGCCACGUUCAGGAUGAUGCUGAGUCCACAGUGAGCAUCAGCACCUGCCAAGGGCUCAGUGGCUAUUUUGAGACCCGUGGCCAGAGGUACCUCAUCGAGCCCCUGGGAGGCUGGGAGGGAGCAGAACACGCUGUUUAUAAAUACGAGGCACUGAAACAAGAGCCCAUCAAAACCUGUGGCCUCUCCAACAACACCUGGGAACAGGAUUCUGACGACCCCAUCAACGACAUCUUCAAAUCCAGCAACAGCCCCGAGAUGAAAGAGUACCUGAAAGCCAAAAAAUACCUGGAGCUCUACAUAGUUGCAGACAACACUCUGUACCAGAACCACGAUAAAGAUGUCAAAGCCAUCAGACAGAGGGUGUUUGGAAUCGUCAACUACGUCAACACGGUUUACAAGGCCAUCAGUAUCCACGUGGCUCUGGUGGGGUUGGAGGUGUGGACGGACGGGGACAAGCGGCCCCUGAGCAGGAACGCUGGGAUCACCCUGGACGCCUUCGCCAAAUGGCGCCGCUCGGACCUGCUCAAGAGGAAGGGCAACGACAACGCUCAGCUCAUCACGGGCCUCAACUUCGAGGGGACAACGAUUGGCUUGGCCUUUCUCAAGUCCAUCUGCAGUAGUUUAUAUUCUGCAGGUGUUAUUCAGGACCACAGCCGGAACGUCAUCGCCGUGGGAGCCACGCUGGCCCACGAGCUGGGCCACAACCUGGGCAUGAGCCACGACACCAAGGCCUGCGCCUGCGGCGACGACGUCUGCAUCAUGACGGACACCGUCAGUUCCUUCAUUCCCAAGGAAUUCAGCUCCUGCAGCCUCCAAAGCUUUGAGAAGUUCAUGUUGAACGACAUGCCCGAGUGCCUGACCGACAUUCCCGACGUGAGCAGCAUCAUCGCCCCCCCGGCCUGCGGGAAUGGCUUCGUGGAGAGGGGAGAGGAAUGCGACUGUGGCACUCCUGAGGAGUGCACCAACGACUGCUGUGACCCCGAGACCUGCAAGCUGACCUCGGGCUCUGCCUGUGCCCACGGGGAGUGCUGUGAGAACUGCCAGUUUAAGAAGUCAGGAGCAGUUUGCAGGGCAGUGAAGGACGACUGUGACCUGGCCGAGAUGUGCUCCGGGAGCUCCGCCAGCUGCCCCACGGAUCGAUUCCGGGUCAACGGGCACCCCUGCAACUAUGGAGAGGGGUAUUGUUACAUGGGCAAGUGCCCCACCAGGGACAACCAGUGCAAGGCUGCCUUUGGACCACAGGCGACGGACGGUCCCUCCUCCUGUUACCGCCUGAACGAGCGGGGCGCGUACUACGGGUACUGCAGGAAGGAGCUGGGCACCCACCUCCCCUGCAAGACAAAAGACAAACUGUGUGGGAAGCUGUUCUGCUCUGGAGGGAGGGAGAUGCCCCGGGAGGGGAGCCUGGUGACUGUUAAUUCCUGCAAAGCAAGUUUUCCUAAAAAUGGAGAUGAUGAGGACCUGGGCAUGAUUCUUGAUGGAACCAAGUGUGGGAAUGGGAUGGUGUGCAGCAAUGGAGAGUGUAUCUAUGCUGAGGAGGUCUUUAGAUCAACCAACUGCUCUGCCAAGUGUUCUGGACACGCUGUGUGUGACCACGAGCUGCAGUGCCAGUGUGAGGAAGGAUGGGGACCACCCACCUGUGACAGCUCCUCAGCCUUUACCAGCAUUGCCAUCGUGGUUGGGGUGCUGGCUGUCCUGGCUGUCACAGCCACUGCUGCAGUGCUGCUCAUCCGCUUCAGAGUGGCCAAGGAGAGCCACCAGAACAGGAGUGGACCUGGAGCCACCAACCAAGUGUUUGUGGAUCAAGAGCAGAGGUGCAGAGAACCCCCAGGCCUGGCAGUGCCUGCCCAGAAGGUGGAUGGGAAGAAACUCCUGCUCCCUGUGCCUCCACCUCAGGAGAGCAAACCCCAGCUCCAGAGUCCUGCCUUAAGGCCUAAAGGUCCCCCACCUCCUGUUCCUUCCACCAAAGCAGCCUCAUCUCACCCAGAGGAGAAAUUUGCACCAGAGAGGAAACCUCCUCAUCUCCCAGUCCCCAGAGGCAAACCUCCACCACAGGCUUUAAAACCCCCAGUGAAUCCCCAAGUCUGAAGUUUCUGACACAGGGCUGGAUGGAGAUGUUUUCAGGGACAAUUUGCUUGCCCCUCCAUUCCUCCACUUUUGGCAAAGGCAUCCAGGAUCAUCUUCCUCUUCUCCUUCCAACAAGAACAACGGACUGGUGGCUGCUUGGGAAGAAAAGGGAUGGACUCUGAGCAGUGAGGAACAUUUUGGUGAAGACACAGAGCUUCUGCCCAAGAGGAAACGAAGCAGAGUCACUCUUUGCACUGAGGUGUAGACUGGGAGUAAAUUCCAAAGCUGCUGAACACAUCCCAGCUCCUGGGCCAGCACCCAAGGUGUGGCUGCACCCACACUGCUCCUCUGGGCACAGACCCCAGGGGGUGAGGGAAUGUGAACUGUGUUACCUUGGUUUGGCUCCAUUUUGGGAUCUCUGCCAGCCCCUCUCCCUCCUCCACAACACACCAGACCUUCUUCACACAUCAUCCUAAACUGCACAAGACACUCUUCAUCUGUGCCAAGGAAUCCUCUCAGCCCUCACAUGUCCCUGUCAGCAGCAAAAGCACGUGGAGUUCAAAGCAACAGGGAUUUGGGGAGUAAAUCAAUGCAAAGGAAGAACAAAUCUGCUCCUCCAGGUGCCUGGGAUGGUCCCUGCAUUGCAGAGGUCUGAGUUCUGCAGAAAGACAAACCCUUCCUGCCCUUUGGGGAGGAGUUGGUGUCCUCGAGGUCUGAACUAGACCUGAGCGAGGUGACACGCUGGAAAUGGGUCUGGAAUGAUCCUUUGGGAUGGGAUUCUCUCAGUAACCCUUAGAUUCCCUGUUAAACAAGAUCCCUGGGGUGAGCAGGGAGAGCUGGAGAGACUCAGGAGCUCCAGGUGCUGCUCCAAGAGCUCCAGAGCUCCGGCUGUGCCACUCCACAGAGCUCCAGCUGCUCCACUGCCCUGGGACAGGGAAACCCAGCAAAGCAGCCCCACCAAAACCCUCCCUCAGUCCUUUCCCUGCCCCCUCAGCUCCACAAACAUCCAAGGAUUCCUCCCUUCCAGGACACCCCCACCCUCCCUUUGGUGCUCCUGUCUCCCUGAGCUCCCCCCGGGGGGGGUUGUUGUGGGGUCACUCCUGGGAACCAGGGGUUGUUUUUGUGGGAUGAGUUUUCCCACUCUGCUUCAUUCCCGAGGGUCCCUCAUCCCUCCUGCCCUGUUGGCAUCACUCUGGGCACGUUGCCCAGCUGGGAUGGCCCUGUUGGCACUGGUGCCAAUGGUGCUGGGAGCUGCUGUUGCCACUGGCACUGGGAGCAUCCCUGUGCUCGGCAUCCAGGGUUGGAAGGUCAAGCUCCCAGAAGUUGUUUUUUCAAGGGCAAAAAUUCUACCAGGGGAGAAGAAGAAAAAAAAAGAAGAGAG